CGCUAUUAACACCAAGUACGAAAAAGUCCCUCGAGGCAUUUUUUUGUGGUGAAAUCACUCCAAGCCGAAAGCCAUGCACCGCUACUCUGCCGCUGACAUCAACGCCGCCAAGAGCGCUAAGGCUCAGGGCUCUUACCUCCGUGUUCACUUCAAGAACACCCGUGAGACCGCCAUGGCUCUCAAGGGCCUGAAGCUCCGCAAGGCCGUUGACUACCUCAACGACGUCAUCAACCACAAGCAGGCCAUUCCCUUCCGCCGCUUCAACGGUGGUGUUGGCCGCACUGCUCAGGCUAAGCCUUUCGGUGUCACCCAGGCUCGCUGGCCCGUCAAGUCCGCUGAGUUCAUGCUUGGUCUCCUGAAGAAUGCCGAGUCCAACGCUGAGGUCAAGGGUCUCAACCUCGAGGAGCUCGUCGUCAAGCACGUCCAGGUCAACCAGGCCCCCAAGCAGCGCCGCCGUACUUACCGUGCCCACGGUCGCAUCAACCCCUACAUGAGCUCUCCUUGCCACAUCGAGCUCAUCCUCUCUGAGACCGAGAAGCAGGUUGAGAAGGAUGCUGAGACCAAGGUCGUCAAGCUCUCCAAGAGACGCCUUGUCCGCAGCCGACCCCACGCCUAAGUUAUGGACGCGGUGUUUCUCUGUUAUCCCCGAUUCCACAGAACAGAAGCGUGCUGAGUGAUUGUGUUAAUAUAUGCGGCGUCGAACUUUGCAGUUCACCACCUCAAUUCUCACGGA